AUGCCUUCGCACUCAAAGCUGGACACCGGCUGGACCUCCGCCGAUACUCGAAUCUAUUACACGAAGAAAUAUCGACAAGUUCUUUCGUCAGGUCCCGCAUGUGCCCUGGCUGUUAUUGCAGGAGCUCCUCUCGAAAAUAUCAAGACCAGAAUGCAAUCACGUGAUUUUGUCAAUGCCUGGGAUUGCACCAAAUUCACCUAUCGUACUGAAGGCAUCCGUGGCUUCUGGGCUGGCACAUUUAACCCGCUGAUCUCAAUUACCAUGUCUCGUGCUCUCGGAUUCUCUAUCUACCGCAAGGCAAAAUACACCUUUGACAACUGGAUCGAAGCCGCCACCGGCCGCUCUCCCUUACAACAUGUCAACAAGCCAGGCACGUACCCGGACAUGUAUACCAUGACCUGCUUUACUGGAGCUGGCAUGGUCUCCGGUGCCGUCUGCGCUGUGACUCUGACUCCUGUCGAACUGAUCAAGAACGCCACGCAAACCUCCGUUCUCAUGGCCUCGGCUCAAGCUGACCACACCAACCCCACAUCCGCUACAGAAAGUCCGAAGAACUCCGGCCGCGUCAGUUCCUGGCAAUCCAUGAAACGCAUCGUCGCUCGACAAGGACCCCUCGGUCUCUGGACAGGUUUCCGUCUGCACAUGAUUCGCGACACAAUCGGCUCGGGCAUCUACUUUGGCAUCUAUGAAACCACAAAGCAAUCCCUCAACUCGUACUACGGCGCUGAAAAGGCGAACUCUGCAGGAGCCAUCGCCAUGGCGGGCGCUCUCUGCGGCAUCGGCGCCUGGGUCAUGACCUAUCCAUUGGACACGAUGAAGACCCGCGCGCAGAACAAUCUCGUCGGCAAUAGCUCGGCACCCAAAGCGACGCUAUCGUCUGCUCUCGAGUCCGCCGCCAAGACCGCGGCCUCGUCAGUGUCCAGCGGCAGCAAGUGGAAAGGCGUGGAAAUGAUCAUCAUCCGCAGCACGCUGCAGAACAUGAUCCAGAUGUCCUUCUUCGAGCAGGCCAAGGUGUGGAUUGACGGGCUGGAGUUCUCGGACGGGAGCCGCACCUUGCCUGAGGUGGAGCGCCAGUUCGGGAGAGACAGCAAGGUCAAGCACCACAGUGGUGUUGGCAGAAACGAUAAGUUGUAG